AUGGCACUGUGGUCUAAGUAUUAUAAGAUGUGGCUAAAUAGGAUUUUUGGAGGAUGUGUAUUGAUGCAAGACCAGACCAGAGUAGAGGAUGACCGAUCUGACAAAAAUGAGUUCCAGGCCCGGAUCGCUCUCAUGCAGCAGACCAAGGUGACCAAAACAAAGAAAACGGGUGUAGUAAAAGGCACAGACUCGCCUUCUUUCUACGAGAGUUUUAACUUCAAGGUAGCACCAGAUGCCUUGGAUACAACUGCUGUGUGUGUUACCGUCACUGUCGGUAAAAAGUCUGAUAACGUAGUGGGUCGAGUGCAGCUUGGGUCGUUCAUGUUCUCCCGGGGAAAAGCGCUGGAGCACUGGGAUCAGAUGGUCGCCAGAAAGAGGGAGCAUGUCAAGCAGUGGCACACGCUCUCUUAGGUCUCUCUCUCUUCUGUCAUAGGCUCUCUGUUUUGUUUUUGUUGGGUUUUUUAUAGU